ACUAGUCGGCCAUGCUUAGGGAAGGAUAAGUGUCGGUUCUGCUUGACAAGUUUGAAAUACCUCGGAUAUGUAAAGCGAAUUUUCGCGACUAACUAAGUAAGUUACGGUAUCUUAUUACGUGUAACAUAAACAUUUUCGCUUUGGAAAGGUAUCAGAGGAGAAGGUGUUGUGACGUCAUAUCGACCUUACCAUGAACAUACUGGCACUAACGGCCUAACGUUGCAUGUAUCUCGCGGUAACCAAAGGUAGAUAUGUCAAAUGGGUCUAAUGUGUUUCAAGUUUUGUUAGGUUAUUUUCUUUGCCGCCUAAUAAAUUAAUUUGCGUUCUGAGACUGAUUGAGUGUUGAUGGUGCAAUUUUAUAUUAAUUUGUGAAAAAAAAAUGUGUUCGUCAACAGAAGGUCAACUUAUUAAAACAAGUUUUAACACUAAUUAAUGUCACAAGUUGCAUUUUGUAGACAUGAUAGUUGAACCAGAAGCUAAUGAAGAAGAGAACUUGGUGGAGAUUUCUAUAAAUAGUAAGGGAGAAGACUACUCGUGUGUAGUCCCAUUACAUAUUGCCCAGAUUCUAUUAAAUGAUCAGGAACGAGCCGAUGCGUUUAUCGAAGACCAUAUUGAAAAUGUUACAAAUAAUGGAAACGACGACGAUAUUGAAAAUGUUACAAGUAAUGAAAACGACGACACACAACUUGCGAAUGUUUGGUAUACCAAAAGCAGACCCACAGUAAAAUGUAUGACUGCCACCAGCAAAUUGUUGGAGCUUCGAUUAAGAUUAAAAGACAACUUUAAUGACAAAAAAACUCAUAAGGAAACCUUAUGGCAACAAAUUGUCAAAGAAAUGCGCGAAGCAGGGUUUAAUGUGGACGCAAAAAAAUGUAAACAAAAAUUCGCAAAUUUGCAGAAAACUUAUAUUAAGUGUAAAGACCAUAGGCGCAAAACAGGCACUGAACGAAUUAAUAACCCCCCAUUUUAUUUUGAGCUGGAUGCGAUUUUAGGGGAGAAACAUAAAUGUCAUCCUCAAAAUUUACAAGACACUGAAGGUGAAGACUCCAGUACUAGCAUUUAUGACGAUCCCACACCAAGUACAAGCAGUACUACCAUGGCAAGCACUGAUAGUCAAGUAAAGGAAAAGAUAGGCAUUAAAAAUCGAUUUAAGAAAGUAAAGCAUGGUAUUAAGCCAAAAACAUCCAACCAAAUAUAUCUAGAAUUCUUAACAAAACACUUACAACAAUAA